AUGUUGGGUCAGAAUUAUAACAGGAGGCCACCAUUGCUCAAAAGCAACAGCAUGACCAACAAGGUCACAGAUGUCGAUAUUAUGCAGCCUUACUACGCAUUCUUACAAUCCCACCCUGAUUUGACAAACAAUAUAUAUUACUCGCCACGUUACUCUGAUGAUCAUCACGAAUACCGCCAUGUGAUCCUCCCGUUGCAAUUAUUUAGAGCUAUUCCCGAGGUUAUGAAGGAUAGGCUUCUCACAGAACAGGAAUGGAGGAGCCUUGGUAUAACGCAGAGCCUUGGAUGGGAACACUACGAAAUUCACAAACCUGAACCUCACAUCUUCAUGUUCAAACGAGAUCUCGAGAAACCAUCUUCUCAGCAAAUGGAAAUUCAAUCAACCCAAGAAGGCAUCCCAAGCAUCGAAGAACCCAUGACUCACGAAUCCGAGCUCGAGCCACUCUCAGAAGGCAUGGUUAUUGAAGACGACCCUCGCAUACUACUCGAGAUGGAUGGUGAGAUGUGUGAAAUAGUCAACAAAUUCAGCGAUGAUGGAGAAGCCAGCAAAGCACAACAAAGGAAACGCACAUCACAAUCUCAACCAACAAAUGAUGAUCCCAAGAUACGAAGGAACCGUGGCAAAUCCGAUCAGCAACCUCAACUCAUCACAUCAUCAAGUGCAGCAGCCGAUGAAGACGAGCCUGGACCUAAACGACGAAGGUCCACCAGGAAAAAAUAG